CACUGGUGCAAGUCAAUACAAGCCUUUCAUGAAACUCCCGACAGAGCAAUGGGUUUUUUUCCCCCAGGACUUCUUUAUUGUGCUGUUGACGACCCAUUGCUGCACUGCUUUAGGAGUUUAUCAUCUACAGAUAAUGGAUCCAAUGAAUUCACUUGAGACUGCAGACACUCAGUCACAGCCUGCUAUCCCACUGUCUCCCUUUGUAUACGUUCCUCCCACCCUGAGAGAUGGUGAGUGUUACCAUGUCUUCAUCAGCUACAGCAGCACUGACUACCAGUGGACCCACUCCCUCAUCAACCAGCUGGAGUCCUGCGGCCUGCAGGUGUGCUACCAUGAGCGUGACUUCACUCCCGGCCGCACCGUGUUGGAAAACAUGUCCGACUGCAUCCAGGAGAGCCAGAAGGUGCUGCUGGUUCUCAGCCCAGAGUUUGUGAGGAGCCGCUGGUGUCUCCUGGAGGCCAACAUGUCUCUGUUCAGAGACUGUCUGGAGAGGAAACCCAUGGUCCCAGUGCUGCUGGAGCCAGGAGUCUCUGUUCCUCUCCACCUCUGCCACCUCACCUACCUGGAGGCCAGCGACCCCGACUUUAAGAAUAAGCUGCUCAAGGUGCUCUGCACCCCCAACCAGCAGCUUCAAGGGUCCACUGUGAUGCCCUUCCAGCCUCCCUCUAUCUACAACGGGAAGGCCCUGCAGCCUCUGACAGCUGUCAAUGAGGAGAGACUCCACAAAUGGGACUGUGGUCAGUUCAGUGACAUGGAGGUGCCAGAUCAACUGCGUCUGAUCAUCGAGGACCAAGAGAAAUACAGAGAGGCUGUGAGGAUGAUCAACAAUGUCUCUCAAAAUAAAGUAAACCCACUCUGGAAUGUAGUUGUGCUGUUUAUUAUGUGUAUCUGUACCCUGUUGCUUUGCCUUGAAUUUAUUAAAUAUUCAUACAAUGACAAGAGCAAAACUCUUGUGGAAGUCACUGCUUCUUGUGCCUGGUGUGCUACAAUGGGGUUUGUUCUUCAGAUUUGUCUCUGGAAAAAGAAUAAAGUGAAGUACAUUGUUACGGAGAUGCAGAGAGCUAUAGGCCGGGCAAACAUAAUCCUCUGUGAGGAGAAGGUGUUAAUGGGCUGUUGCUCAAAUUCAAAAAUCUACCUGGUGUAUGUUUCUCUGGACGGUUGCAAACAAGAGUUUGCAGAGAUAUUUUCUGAGCAGGAGGGUGCUGAGGAGAUGUUUCAAAGAGCUCUGCUCUUCUUCUCAUCAGGUUACACCUGCUGCCUUGCUAAAAAACACUUUCCCUUUCCCCAGCCCAGCUCCACUGGUCACCUGGAGGGAGGGGUGUGUUUCUGUCAGUACGUCUCUCAGCAGCUGAGUGCAGAUCAGUGGGAAUAGAGGUGUCCACAUGUGUGUCUCUACUAUUUGGUAAAAGCUCAGCCAGUCAACAUGAACUGUCUGAGCUCAUAGAGCCACUGAGAGCCAUUAAAGGCACAGUUACCUCAUGUAUUUUAGAGGCCCUCAGAGAUCAGAAAGGACGCUGUCUCUUUAACAAAUCUGAAGCGGAACAGUGAGGAUGUUUUUCACUCUGUGUUUCCUGGGUUUACUUCACGUUCUUGCUUGUGCACCCAGUGUGAUCACUCUUAAUUUUAUUUGCUUGAUUUUAACUGUAUCAUGAACAGUUUCUUUUUUUAGAUAAUGGAUCCAAUGAAUUCACUUGAGACUGCAGACACUCAGUCACAGCCUGCUGUCCCGCUGCCUCCCUUUGUAUACGUUCCUCCCACCCUGAGAGAUGGUGAGUGUUACCAUGUCUUCAUCAGCUACAGCAGCACUGACUACCAGUGGACCCACUCCCUCAUCAACCAGCUGGAGUCCUGCGGCCUGCAGGUGUGCUACCAUGAGCGUGACUUCACUCCCGGCCGCACCGUGUUGGAAAACAUGUCCGACUGCAUCCAGGAGAGCCAGAAGGUGCUGCUGGUUCUCAGCCCAGAGUUUGUGAGGAGCCGCUGGUGUCUCCUGGAGGCCAACAUGUCUCUGUUCAGAGACUGUCUGGAGAGGAAACCCAUGGUCCCAGUGCUGCUGGAGCCAGGAGUCUCUGUUCCUCUCCACCUCUGCCACCUCACCUACCUGGAGGCCAGCGACCCCGACUUUAAGAAUAAGCUGCUCAAGGUGCUCUGCACCCCCAACCAGCAGCUUCAAGGGUCCACUGUGAUGCCCUUCCAGCCUCCCUCUAUCUACAACGGGAAGGCCCUGCAGCCUCUGACAGCUGUCAAUGAGGAGAGACUCAACAAAUGGGACUGUGGUCAGUUCAGUGACAUGGAGGUGCCAGAUCAACUGCGUCUGAUCAUCGAGGACCAAGAGAAAUACAGAGAGGCUGUGAGGAUGAUCAGCAAUGUCUCUCAAAAUAAAGUGUGGUGGCGCCCACUCUGGCUUAGAGUACUGAUCUACAUUGGAGGUGUAACAUUUUUUUUACUUUUGGUAGCAUUUUCUAUGUAUAUGACAGUUUUAUUUACUUCGUUCCACGAUUUCCAAGUCAGAUACACUACAGGACAAUGCGUGCUCAUUAUUGCUAGUUUCUUCUGUGUUCCAAUUGGGUUGAUUAUUCACAUUGGUCUCUGGAUGAAUGAUGAUGAGAAGUACAUCAUGAGAGAAAUGCAGAGAGCUAUAGGCCGGGCAAACAUAAUCCUCUGUGAGGAGAAGGUGUUAAUGGGCUGUUGCUCAAAUUCAAAAAUCUACCUGGUGUAUGUUUCUCUGGACGGUUGCAAACAAGAGUUUGCAGAGACAUUUUCUGAGCAGGAGGGUGCUGAGGAGAUGUUUCAAAGAGCUCUGAUCUUCUUCUCAUCAGGUUACACCUGCUGCCUUGCUAAAAGGCACUUUCCCUUUCCCCAGCCCAGCUCCACUGGUCACCUGGAGGGAGGGGUGUGUUUCUGUCAGUACGUCUCUCAGCAGCUGAGUGCAGAUCAGUGGAAAUAGAAGUGUCCACAUGUGUGUCUCUAUCAUCUGACAAAAACUUGCCCAGUCAAUAUAAACCAUUUGGACUAAUAGAGCCACUGAGAGCCAUUAAAGGCACAGUUACUUUAUGUAUUUUAGAAGCCCCUUGGACAUCAGAACAGAUGCUGUCCCUUUAAAAAAUCUAAAGCAGAACAGUCAGGAUGUGUUUCAUUCUGUUUCCUCAAUUUACUUUCCAUUCUUGCUCACAGUGAGAUCACUCUUAAUUUUAUUUGCUUGAUUUUACUCUAUCAUGAACAGUUUCUUUUUUUAGAUAAUGGAUCCAAUGAACUCACUUGAGACUGCAGACACUCAGUCACAGCCUGCUGUCCCACUGUCUCCCUUUGUAUACGUUCCUCCCACCCUGAGAGAUGGUGAGUGUUACCAUGUCUUCAUCAGCUACAGCAGCACUGACUACCAGUGGACCCACUCCCUCAUCAACCAGCUGGAGUCCUGCGGCCUGCAGGUGUGCUACCAUGAGCGUGACUUCACUCCCGGCCGCACCGUGUUGGAAAACAUGUCCGACUGCAUCCAGGAGAGCCAGAAGGUGCUGCUGGUUCUCAGCCAAGAGUUUGUGAGGAGCCGCUGGUGUCUCCUGGAGGCCAACAUGUCUCUGUUCAGAGACUGUCUGGAGAGGAAACCCAUGGUCCCAGUGCUGCUGGAGCCAGGAGUCUCUGUUCCUCUCCACCUCUGCCACCUCACCUACCUGGAGGCCAGCGACCCCGACUUUAAGAAUAAGCUGCUCAAGGUGCUCUGCACCCCCAACCAGCAGCUUCAAGGGUCCACUGUGAUGCCCUUCCAGCCUCCCUCUAUCUACAACGGGAAGGCCCUGCAGCCUCUGACAGCUGUCAAUGAGGAGAGACUCAACAAAUGGGACUGUGGUCAGUUCAGUGACAUGGAGGUGCCAGAUCAACUGCGUCUGAUCAUCGAGGACCAAGAGAAAUACAGAGAGGCUGUGAGGAUGAUCAGCAAUGUCUCUCAAAAUAAAGUGUGGUGGCGCCCACUCUGGGUUAGAGUACUGAUCUACAUUGCAGGUUUAACUUUUUUUUUACUUUUGGUAGUAUAUUUUAUAUAUACGACAGCUUUAUUUACUUUGUUCCACGAUUUCCAUGUCAGAUACACUACAGGACAAUGCGUGCUCAUUAUUGCUAGUUUCUUCUGUGUUCCAAUUGGGUUGAUUAUUCACAUUGGUCUCUGGAUGAAUGAUGAUGAGAAGUACAUCAUGAGAGAAAUGCAGAGAGCUAUAGGCCAGGCAAACAUAAUCCUCUGUGAGGAGAAGGUGUUAAUGGGCUGUUGCUCAAAUUCAAAAAUCUACAUGGUGUAUGUUUCUCUGGACGGUUGCAAACAUGAGUUUUCAGAGACAUUUUCUGAGCAGGAGGGUGCUGAGGAGAUGUUUCAAAGAGCUCUGAUCUUCUUCUCAUCAGGUUACACCUGCUGCCUUGCUAAAAGGCACUUUCCCUUUCCCCAGCCCAGCUCCACUGGUCACCUGGAGGGAGGGGUGUGUUUCUGUCAGUACGUCUCUCAGCAGCUGAGUGCAGAUCAAUGGAAAUAGAAGUGUUCAGGUUUGGCUUUAGUAUCUGAUGUUUGAUAAAACAUGAAAAUUCUCGACUGAUCCAGCCACUGAGAGCCAUUUAAAGGCAGUUACUUUAUUCAUGAGAACGAAGAAAAACGCUGUCAUUUUGGAAACCUGAAGCAGAAAAGUGAGAGUGUUUUUUUCUGUGUUUCCUGACUUGUUCGUGCUCCCAGUGCGAUCACUCUUCAUUAUAUUUGCUUGAUUUUACUGUAUCAUGGACAGGUAAGAAGGUACAUUACUGUGUACUGUUUGUUGUCCUAUUAGUGUGAUUAUAGUUUUCAUUUCAUUCAGUCCGCACUGAUGUGUAGCCAUGCCAACAAACCUACUUUGCCGUGGUUUUAAGAGCAGAACAAAGUAAAAUAAACUACCAUGUUGGGCGAUAUUGAAAAGACAUGUUAAUUUAGAAUAGCCCCGGUGGCAGUGUCUUUCUAGUCUAUGGUGCUUAGCAUUGUUAUAAAUGCUCCUCAUUGGCUCUGGGGCACCGCUCGACAACUGUGUUAGUCCCCCCGCAGUGCUCCUUGGUCAUUUAUUAUUUCAGCGCAGCAACAGCAGCAAGUUACAUGUUGCAAUGCCAGACAAAUCAGUCAACUCUAACUUGUCGGAGUGAGUGAAUAUAAAGGUCUAGACCCAGGCAAGUUCGCUGCUAUAUUAAUGAAUAUAAUGUCGCAUACAGAACCAUUUGGAUUAAAUGACAUCCUGCAUCUCAGAACAAACCACUACUGUUCAGAUACUCUCUUUUAGGAUGUUUUCACACUUGGUCCUUUUCAGCCCUCUAAACAGACUCAGAGUGGUGACUCAGCAUUUUUUGCACAUAUGUGAACACUCCAAGAGAGCUCAGAUCAACUCAGGAGACGGUCUGAGUUUGGUUCUCUUCAAGUCCCCAGUGCAGUUCACUUAACCUGUGCCUUGUGAACACAGAGCGCUCCAGGGUCGCUUUGCUCUUUGCCAUUAUAUUUAGCCGUCUAGAUCACAUGCUAUUGCACUGGGACGCUUGAAAUGUACAUGUACCAUGUACACCUGUAACACUUGCAAGGACGCAGGAUGAGGAGUAGUUUGGUCCAUGGAAGAUACUGCACAUCUCCAGAUGUGGAAUGUAGAAUGCAUCAAGUGGCAACAGUCUACAGCACAGAAACCCUUACUGGGGAUUCCCACCGAAAGCUUCAUGGUCGCCUGCGGGCGCUCUGGUUGCUCUGACAUCGCUCACACUGCCAGCUCCAGCAGGCACUCGCAGCAGCCAAAGGGGCGGGGCCGGGCGCUGCAGAUGUGUCCAUCUAGGCUGACCGGCUGUGCACUUUACAAGGAUGAACAAAUAUACUAUCAUUUAUGUCUUCACUAUGUAUUAUUCAUGACUUUCAUUACACAAUUAAA